UAUUUUUUAAAUAUGAUAUUAUCAUUUUAAAAUUCGUUUUUAGUUAUAUAAGAUAUAUUUAUAAAUUCAUUAAGAUAACAACACAAUAAUUAUCUUAUUUGUUUUUUUAAAUGAUAUUAUUUAUAUUAAUUCAUUUUAAUUAUAUAAUAAAAAUAUAUAAAAUAUUAUUAAGGGUAACAAUGACAUUAACCGGUCUAACUUUUAACGUGAAAACUUCGUUGCGAAAAAUCAUUUCGCAAAUAAUAGUAUAGAUCAUAAGGUUAAAGCAAUCUGAUUAUAAUAUACACCCAAAUCUAAUUCUACUUUAGAAUUUUUCAGUGCAUUUUUUUUUUCUGUUUAUGUAUUUUCAUCUCUGUUGCAACUUAUAUUCUUGACUGUUUCUAUAAUAUUUAUUUCUUAAAUCUGAGAAUUAAGAUUUUUGUCUAAAUCUAAUAAUCUAACUGGAUAUACAUCUAGUUGGAUAAGUACAUGCGUCCCCUAUAUGUAUAAACUUGUUGAGUGUAUUUUAGGUAUAAAAUCUGCGAAUUUCAGAACAAAAUAUAUGAUUGUAAGUAUAUAAAUGUGUCAUAAACAGAUACAGACACAAUACCUUACAUUCGAUCAUCUGACCACCAUCUUUUUUGUUUGUUCUUUUAGCAAAAAAAUCGUUUUCUUUUGUUAAUGAAAUCAUCGUAUCUUCGUCACAGAAUGGAAAUCAUAGUACGUGUUGUGUUCGUGUUGACGUUAGUCAAUUUUGGAUUUGUAAAUGGUCAAAUCUAUGAUGUCCUUAAAUUUGGUGCCGAGGGAGAUGGUACAACCGAUGAUUCAAAGGCUUUUGUAGAAGCAUGGAAAGCUAUGUGCAGUAGUGGUGGGAGUAAUAAAACACUCCUUAUUCCUUCAGAUAAUACCUUUUUACUACAACCUCUAGUGUUUCAAGGUCCUUGUAACUCUCCAUCUGUACAAGUUCAGUUGGACGGAAAGAUUGUCGCCCCUCUUAACAAAGCAGCAUGGUCAGACUUGAAGUCAUACGAAUGGGUCAGUUUUCAUAAAAUCAUCGGCCUAACGGUCCUUGGUUCAGGAACAAUCAAUGGACGUGGUUCAUCUUUCUGGGAGGCCAAUAUGCCAGCUUCUAAACGCCCUACUCAAUUGCAUUUUAAAGGAUGCAAUAAUCUUGAAAUAAAUGGAAUAACCUCAUUCGAUAGCCCGAGAAAUCAUAUCUCAAUCCGCGAUUGCAGACAAGUGAAAAUCACGCAGAUAAAAAUUAUUGCGCCUGGUGAUAGUCCUAACACCGAUGGAAUUGAUAUUUCAACAUCAACUGAUGUAGAAAUAUAUGACACUAUAGUUGGAACUGGAGAUGAUUGUGUAGCUUUAAACAGUGGAAGUAUAAAUAUCAACAUCACAAGGAUGCAAUGUGGUCCUGGACAUGGAAUAAGUGUGGGAAGUUUAGGAAGAGAUGGAGAAGAAUCUAUAGUUGAGAACGUCCAAGUGACCAACUGUACUUUCAAUGAGACGACCAAUGGAGCGAGAAUUAAGACAUGGCCGAAUGGAAAAGGAUAUGCAAGGAAUAUAGUUUUCAAGGAUAUCACGCUCACUGAAACCCAAAAUCCAAUUAUAAUCGAUCAACACUAUAUAGACAAGGGACAUAUCCACGUAGAGGAAUCAUCAGCAGUGGCGAUAAGCAACGUGAUAUUCACAAAUAUACAUGGAACGUCACAAAAAGAUGAAAUUAUAAAGAUAGAUUGCAGCGAUGUCACAUCUUGCAAAGAUAUCGUUCUAGAUAGAAUUGAUAUUACUACGUUCGAUGGAAAUAAGCCACUAAUUGAAUGCAGUAACGCGUAUGGAAAGUCGACUAAUGCUUAUGAUGGUUGCUUGAAGGCACAGUAAUAUAUCUUUAUAUAUCAAAUUAAUUUAAUUUAUAAGUUGGGAAUAAUAUAUCAGCUGAAUGUAAUAUUAUAUUAUCAUUUAUCAACUAUUAUGUAUUCAUGAUUGAA